AUGUCGACCGGUGAAGUUGCUUGCUCCUAUGCCGCCAUGAUUCUUCACGACGAUGGCAUCCCAAUCACAGCAGAGAAGAUUGCUACCUUGUUGAAAUCUGCAAACGUGAAAGUAGAUUCCUUGUGGCCAAGCCUCUUUGCCAAGCUUGCUGAGAAGAGGGACGUUAUUGGGGACCUUAUUAUGAAUCCUGUUGGUUCGGCUCCAUCAUCUCCGGUUGCUAUGGCUGCUCCUGCUUCUCCAGCUGUUGAGGAGAAGAAGAAGAAGGAAGAAGAACCAGAGGAAGGAAGUGAUGAUGACAUGCCGCUAUUCGACUUGUUUGAAUAG